AUGCAGUCCUUCAGCAAGGACAUCGCCGAGCUGGCCGAUCACCUGGAGGUCGACAAGUUUCACAUCGUCGGCUGGUCCAGUGGCGGCUGCUAUGCCCUGGCGGCCGGCAGCUUCCUUGGCCCCCGCGUGAUCGGCAUCGGCUCUAUCUCCACCGACCCCCAGUGGGUGGAUGUCCCCCCGAGCGACCCGCACAAUGAGAAGCAAUACACGGCCCUGCUGCGGCUCUUCUGGCUGCUCACGCGGCCCCUGUGGCCGGUCCGGAAUCUCGCCCUCCCGGUGGCCGGGUUCCUCAUGUCGCGCCUGCUUCUGGCCAACCUGGCCCUCUCGGCCGCCGGGAACCCUCGCAUGCAGCGCAUCCAGCACCGGCUGCUGGAGUCCCUGCGGCAGGGACACCGCGGGGCCACGCGCGACAUGGUGGUCGAGCGCAGCCCCUGGGGCUUCUGCCUGAAGACACACCCCUCCCGGGUGGACCUCUGGCAUGCCAUCGAUGACAAGGCCGUGCCGGUCAUGUCGGUUGCCUAUCUGGCCGAUCGGCUGCCCGACCAGCAGAUGAUCCUCCGCCGGACAGGCGGGCACAACAUGGUCGUCCGCGAGUGGGACGCCAUCCUGGAGCUCCUCAUCAACCGCAAGGCCCUCCCCGGCCCCGGGGAGGAGGCCGAGGCGCCAGCCCCGGCCCCUCCCACGCCCAAGUGA